AUUCCACUCGUCCUCAGGACUACUUUGUGAACGCUCAUCGGAUUGUACUCGUUUAAACAUUUAUUCGUGUUUGUGUGACAUGAAUUCCGCAACUGGAGGUGUCGUUGCCUGGGCGGCGUUUCAAAUUUGGACUGUGGUGAAAACCUGGAUUCAUGGCUAGCCUCAUUUCUUGGUCAUCUGCCGGAUCUCCUCUACAUGAUAGGCAAACGGUGAACCUUUAACCGGAUAUAACACAUGUUCGGGCCAAUGGAUCUGUGUCUGUUACUGUCACACAACACCCUUCCAGCAUACCUGCUCAACUGGAUGGCACUCACAUAUCUUGCGGCUGGUAUUCAUACUCAGUUACCCAUAACCAACGUCACUUCCUUCAACCUCACUUCAAAAUCAUCAAUCCCUGAGCGAUAUUUGCUCAAUUCUACUCUUUCUUCACACAUAACACAACAGCAACCGAACUGGAGAAGGAAAAGAUACGAGGCGGUGGAUCGUGAAUCGCCGUCGGAUCAGGAUAGUCGGUGUGGGGAAUUUAUCAAUUCGGUUAUCAUCCCACAGUCAGUGGCAGCUGUCAAAGAUCCUUCCAGUUCAAUUUUGCCCGGAUUUUUUAAUGUUCCCAAGCUGCAGAAGCGAGGGGAUGAAUAUCGGUUUCAAACUCCAAACUACCCUGACUACUUUCCGCACAAUUUGGAGUGUAUUAAAAUCAUUAGAGCACCCACAAAGGAACAAAGAAUUCUUCUGAAUUUUCGCGGCUUGUUUGAAUUGGAACCUGAGCCCCAUUGUUUGAUGGACUUCUUGGAGAUUCGUGAUGGAGCUUUUGGCUAUUCACCUUUGCUAGGUCGAUAUUGCAGUCGUCGUCUUCCAGAUGUGGGCAAGGGAUUGCAAACCACAGGGCCUUUCAUGUGGCUUCGAUUUCGUAGUGACGCUAGCAUUGCUCACCGCGGAUUUCAAGCUGUAUAUCGAUUUUUUCAAACCAGAUUUCGGUAUCGUAUGAAUCUUACCCCUGGAGAAAUGUGGAAGUUGGAUGAUCAAUUCCUUCUGGACAAUUUGCAUGAUUUUCCCCCUGAAAUGCAUCAUCUGGCAAUCGAAGCUUCGUUUGACGUUCGAGCACCAAACAAUACAUAUCUUUUCCUUCACGCUGUAAACGUGACCGUUCCACAGGAAUUCUCCUGGAGCUGUGUCCCAGAUGAGUUGCUUGCGCAAAAUGCACGGACCCAAUGUCGCUCGAUCAAUCCACUGGUAUUCGCCACAAAAGAAAGCAAAAAAGAAUAUGACGACCUGGACUUCGUGAUGGACAAACUUUUGAUUCAAGAUCCGGCAUCAAUUAUUGAUGGAAGGAAGACCAUCUUUGAGUUUUACUCCCAUUUGAGCAUAUCCCCAUACGUAACUCCAUGUCCCAAAGUGAGGCGCUUUUGUGAUCGGUCUAUUGGGAAGAGCAAGUUGGAAAACAAUCGAGAGUCGGAUCGUGACUUUUUUAUUCGGCAGUCUCGCAUGAUAGUCAGGAUCAUUAUUGUCUCACCAGUUCAAAAACCUACCACAUACGGACCGAACAGACGUUUGAGGUCUUCGGGAGAAACCGAAGCUAAAUCGAAUGCAACAUUGGGCAAUCUAAGAAAACGCCAAGCACUGAGUCUCAGGCUUCCUCAGAUGCCAACAUUUCACUUCCAAUUGACAGCCUUAAAAAGGACACGCUCAGAAUGUAACAAUAAUAACGAAGCGCACAAAAGCCUGACGGAGUUGCGAAAAGAACAAGAGAAGCGUGAAGCAGACGCGGAGCAGUUGGCAGCUCAGACACUUCAUCUUUCUAUUCUUGGUAGCCUCGGACUCCUUUUGACAUUGAUCACGGUCACGUGCAUCGCAAUGACAUUGCGGCGUCGGAAAAAAGAACAAAUGCGACAUCCGAUCAAAUUGAAGGAAAACUCGGUUCAACCAGCGAGUACGUCUCUUCGACCAACACCCAGGCUCAAUCACGUCAUGUCAGCCGGAGUUUUGCUCGAGGACAGUAACAUUGGCCCGACGUUAGGAAGAGGUGUCCGAGCUGUGCAAAAGUCAAACCAUUUACUGAAAUCAAAUUCUAUUCAAGGUCGAGAUCGCUUGUGCGAGUUUUCACUAGGUUUAGACGACCAAAAAUUGAGUAACCAGGUGAAUACCAGCUGGAACAGUACGGAUAGCGUAAAUGCUCCACUCUUGUGGCAGAGGAAAUCGGUUCCGACAAAUAGCGGUGGUGGAAAGACAGCGACCAGUGAUCUUAUCGGAAAGUGGAAUUAUACGACACCGACUAAUCUCGUCCUCAAAGAUGGGAUACAUUGGGUCACCAGGAAAGACCGGGGUAUUCAUCCGAAAUCUGAAACUGAAACAGCCAUCACGCAACCAACCAAUCAAGCUGUCCAUAGUCCCUUUCGGGGAAGACAUCGAGGGGCGGGUGGAUCAAGCCAAACGCAUACUGUCGUGUCCGUUACCCCAACAGUCAGUUUGGAACAUCACGUAACUUCCACCGAAGACCCACUGCAACGAAUCCCAUCAAUGGCCCGUCCUCAAGUGCCUGCUAUUGCUCAAGGUUUGUCCAGUCGACGAGUGGAGGAAACUGGGUUGGGAACUCCAAGACAUUCGAGGCGAGUCGAGUCGGUGCAUAAGUUGACCGCUGGUUCUUCUUCCGGUCCUCUCUGGUUUAGCGGAACCUCAGCCCGACCCAUGACAAAUGUGGAACUGCUUGACACUGGCCGCGUCGACGUACAAAGCAAGCGUUCGCCGGUCGAACAACAGCCAAAAACUACAGUUCGGGCUUUGUACGACAAUCAGCGGCAGUCAAACAGGGCGACAGCUCCUCAACUCCGGGAGAAACACAUUGCCAAUUGCCGCCUUAUUAAUCGCACUCAGUCAUGGGGUGGUGGGUUACGUUUGGCCGGAGUCGAUCCGAUAUGCAACGGCAAGUGGGAAGUCACACAUUCGUUCGAUUAUGCAGAAUCUCCAUUUGAAAGUACUUUGGUACCUAGGAAUAAAUCACCGACACAAGAACGAAAGACCACCCGGGAUGUAAAACCGCAUGCAGUAGGUGCACUUACAUCAUAUGCGGAACCCGGAUCAUGGCGCCCAAAGAUACCGUACGUGAGCAUGCCGGACGUGAAUGGAGCGAUUGCCAGUCAGUACCAACGCAACGCUGAGGUCAAGUCGAUGGAGCCUAAACCACAGGGCUUCAUGCUGAGUGUUCUGGACUGCAAACCACCCUCAGCAAAAAAACCUCGCAUGACCGACCAAUCAAAUGAGGAACAGCAAUGGGUGCCUACUGACUAUGUCACUGAGAGCGACGAGGAGCUUUCAGCGGGUACGGCAAUCAUGGAUGAUUAUGGCUCGGUACUCAGCGGGUCAGCGAUGCCAGAAAUUCAGGAAAACCCACUUCGAACCUAUUCGAGCACAGGACUGAAGAUGGACAUUGGUAUUUUGACCGUUAAGGCCUCGGCUAUGGGUUCAGCUGAGAGUCCAAAGCGUUUGGUUCCCCGAUUGUAUAUAGAACCAAACUGCAACACCAACGCAGAUUCCAACAGUCCGGUUGACUUGGUCGGUGGCGAUCAGAUUAGCAGCAGCAGUGGCGGUGGUCCGUUCUCACCGGGUUCGACAGUUCGCACCAGUUCGUUGAGCAAUUCCAACGGUCACUCGGAAAGUGAAGAUCCAUAUAGGUAUUCUAGAGCUUCUCAAAACGAAUACAGUAGUGAAUCGGAUACCCAAUCACAACCCCACCUUAAUCUAGAUCCACUGAAUACAAGAUCCUCACCAAAACUAUUUGCAAUCGAGCAGAACUCUAUGUCUCCCAACCAAAGUCCCUUACGAGAAAGUGAAACGGUGUUCACUGUCCGAACCUGGUUCAAAAAAGCGUGCACUGACUCCACACAACCAACGAAGGACGCUUUUGUAUACGAAUAUGAGGCAUGAAACCCUCCUUGUUUUCGAAUUAUCUGUUGUACAAAACAAACAGACAAGAAACGAAAAAUAGCAUUAUUAGUUCAAACACCUUUUUACCCCUCCCUUCAAUCGUAUACCGUGUUAUUUUUCGAAGUGCCUGCCUACUCUCCGCCCUAGAACUACAUUCAUGUGUGUGGGCGUCUGUGCGUCUUAGAGUUAGUAUUUCCGUCCUCUCCUUUACACAAAAAACAACGCCCUCCGCCCCCUCCCCUCUCAGCUUAGUGAGAUACAUUUUGGGUACGCACAGAUUCAUGCCACAAUCCUCACCAGUGCCUCUCCAUCUUUUCGCAGUCAAAAACCUCAAGCAUACAUGCAGCUAGCGCACACACACAUAGAAUGUGUUCGGUAUUCUUCUGUUUGCGCAUGUCUUUUUGUCCUCGAUUUUUUUUUAAACUAAGCGAGUAUUCAGGUCCAGAUAUGCCAUAACUUGCCUUAGCCAGAGUGGGGUUCUUCCAAGUGGUUCGAUGACUACAUUACUCCUGCUGUGUUAGGUACGCGUCUCUUUCUACUGUAUAGCAACAUCACCCGAAAGUGCAGUUUGGUAUCUGCCUGUCCUUGUUGGCAUUAUACCCUCCACCCCUUGUUCCGUUUUUUUCCAAUGCCUGCUGAUCAGAUCCCAUGCUUUCUACUCUUAGACAACACACAUGCGUACAUGUGAGCAGACAGACAAGCAUUUCACAGAAACGGUUCGAGUGAAACGAGUUAGUUUUGACG